AUGUUGAGAUCAACUAGUUGUAAAAAUAUAACACCUUUCCCAAGAAAAGAAUCAUAUUUUGAAUUUUGGACUAGAGCUGAAGAUGAAUCCAAAAAUAAAGAAACAUUCAGAUAUUUAUAUGAAAAUGGUAGUAAUGGUAUACAAUGUAUAUUGUCAAUAAUUGCACAAGAGUUUUCUUAUAAAGAAUUACAAGAUAUGUUGAAUGUUUCACCUUCAACAAUAAAUAAUGCAAGAAAAUAUUCACAUAUUAAUGGAGCAGGUGGUGUACAAUUAUCUAAUAAAGCAAAUGUAAGUAUGAGCUCAUAUAAAGUUACUAAUGAACCAAUACUAUAUUUACAAAACCAAAAAGAAUCUCUCUGGAACAAAUUUUCUGAAACUUAUCAUAAUGGUAUGAAACGUACCACAUUUUUGAAGCAAAUAAAAGAUAGUCCAUUCAUAUAUCAUGAAGAUCUUGGAGGAUUGUGUUCAAUUUGUUGUGAAUUUGGCUAUGAAGUUUUUGAUGAUUUAAAGAAAUUGAUAAGUGUACAUAUAGUAGAUAAAUCAAAUCAGGAGUUUUAA